GUGACGAAAAUCCUUGGGCGAACAGGAUCCCAGGGACAGUGCACUCAAGUUCGAGUCGAGUUCAUCGAUAAUCCGAAGCGUUGCAUCAUUCGUAACGUCAAAGGACCAGUUCGGGAAGGAGAUAUACUGACACUUCUUGAGUCUGAGCGUGAAGCUAGAAGACUUCGGUAG